AUGGCUCACUGGAGGAACGAGUACUCCGCCGCGCUGGCUGCUCGCGAUCGCCGGGAAAAGGCAAAUGUCGCUCUCUAUAAUGCUUCCGAUCGAACUAGCCGUAUUGCAUCCACCGGAGCUCAAGGUGCCCAAUAUCUCACAGGCACUGGAGACAAACAUACAGCGAUCCCUGCAGCUGGGAAGUCGUUGGCAGGUCCAUCUGUUCCUGAUAUUCUAGCAGCUACACGUGCGGAUCUUUCCGAAGCCCAACGUGCUCGUUCGGAGUUGCAGGCCCGGCUAACUGAGCUGAGCACCGAGUUGGAGAAGCUACGGAAGAGAAGCACGCAAGAUAGCAGACGUAUCCAUGUUUUGGAGAGUGAAGAUUUCCAAGACGAACUCGCCUCUCUGAAUUUGCAGCUUAACAUGGCCGAAGAGCGAUCCAGCAGGCUGCAGCGGGAGAACCGGGAGCUGAUUGAUCGCUGGAUGGCUAGGAUUGGCAGAGAAGCAGAGGCCAUGAAUGAUGCCUCAAAAUUCUCUUGA